AUGCGGCCCCCCACUUCCCAAUGGUCCGGCCCAGUUCCUCAAUAUAACCAUCAGGACCAACCAACAGAUCAUGGACACCCUGGAGAUCAUUCUGCAAUGCGCCUGUUCCCAGGACAGCUACCUCCUGGCAACGGGUCCUUAGUAAUAUUCAAGGCUUUUGAUCGGUACGCAGAAGCCGCCUCGGUCAAUGAGCGAUCAGCUCAGUCCCAGCAGCCAACAAUUCCGGCGAUUUGGGUAGAUAGCGAUUUAAUCGGAGAUGACGAAUUAGAUUCUCGCAUGCCAGCCAGCCAACGCGUUCUGGGGGAGCUGCACCGCGUGCAGCGAUGUAUGGCCAGGCUUUCGCUCAAGCUACGGGCGUGCAGGAGCAGCGCAUCCACGCUGUCUGAUGUUGUCAUGGGCCAGUUGGAGCCAGAGUUACCGGGGCGACUGGAGGCGUUAUCUGCUGUUUUAAUUCAGACUUUGCGAGUGGAACAAUAG